AUGGAAUCGACGCUCCCGCCGGACCCCUACAAAGCCCUCGGAGUCGCAAAGGAUGCCGACACCGCCACCAUCAAGGCGACGUACCGGAAGCUGGUGCUCAAAUGCCAUCCAGACAAGGUCACAGACGAGUCUCUGAAGAAACUGAAGCAGGAGGAAUUCCACAAGAUCCAGGAGGCCUAUGAGAUCAUCGGCGACGAAGAGAAGCGGGCCAGGCACGACGCUGAAGUCAAGCUCGAGCAGCUUCGCAAAGACAACCUCGCGAGGAAAGGCGGCGCGCCGAACGUCGAAGUCCGAACAGGCCGCUAUGAAGUGCGCACACAGGCCCCGGCAGGAGCGACCUUCACCGCAACGACGCCACACCGCUACGAACAGCACAAACCCUCCUCUCGCUCCUACGACGACCGCGAGCGCGACCGAUACUACGAGGAGCGCUCCCGCAACUCGUCAUCCCGCCCUUCGCGCUCAGAGAAAGAGCCCCCAGUACGAGCCGCCAGGAAGAAGUCCCGCGACAAGGAAGAGCGUAAGGACCGAGGGAGGAGGUUCGUCUCGGCUCGCUAUGAGGCAGCCUACAGGAGGCGCGAUGAAGAAGAGGAGGCACGCAGACAGGCUGCUGAAGCCCGAAGGAAGGCCGACGAGUCCCGUCGGUCAUACGAAGACGCCCGAUACGACCGCGAGCGGAAGACGAGCGAACUCACCAGCAACGCCGUCCAUUACAUUCAUCGCUCCAAGGCCGACGCCGAUGCGCGGCCGUCACCAAGCAGGACCACCUCCUCACGAGAUGUCCGCCCAGAGUACUUCGAGAGCCGCUCUCGGCGAGAAAGACCCGAAGCCGUCCGCAGGUCGUCGGCACGCCCGAAAGAGUCCGGCCGGGAACGGGACCGCAAGGGCAUUGAGAUCGUCGAUUGGGACGAUGACAGGGUCCCGAAAAUCCCGUCCUUCAAGCACGCUUCUUCAUCGCCAGCCGAGCUGCAUGUGCCGCGCGCAACGCCUCAGCGAUCCUACACGGAGUCAUCUCGUGACCACCGCCGCACGGAGACAUCUCCUACACCCCUCUUACGUCGCGAGACAGCGCCUGUAUCCUCAUCAUCGCGCAGAAAAGAAGCGGCUGUGCCCCGUCCUUCUGGCCUUCGCGAAUCAACCACUCCGCAUGACUCCGGCGCUAGCAGCCCCGAAACGUAUCCCACCGUGCCGCCAGCGCAGUCAUCCUCCACCAAGAAGUACUACUACCCAACACCUGGAGGAGGUGUCCGCCUAACCCCAGAGGAUGUGGGCGUGGCAAAUGGACACCGCACGGUGCUCCACGAGCCCGGGCGCCACCGCACUCGCUCACCGUCGCCACUAUCACGACCUCCCAUGGGAGCCAAUAGGCCCGUAGAAACGGCCUCGGCAACGUAUACGACCGCAGCACCAAAAGCUUCCGUCCCGCCACCUCCACUCAGCCGCGCCGCAACGAUGAACGUAAGCCCCAUCCGGGGUAGCGACGAUCGUGGACGCCGUUUGUACGGAGAGCUCAACUCGGAUUACCUCCGGCGCGAGAACGCACGACGCCAGACGAGCUUCUCCCCUGAAAAGGUCUCAUACACACCAAAGAUUGGUCCCGAGGACAUCAGGUGGAGCGCGCAACGCGGCCGCGAUCCGCUAGAGCGUGAUCGAGAGUAUGCUAAGCCUACGCUAGGCCGACAUGCUACGUAUGUUUACUAG